AUGAGGAUUCUCUUGGUUACUGCAAUUCUCCUGUUCCAGAAAACUACAGUCACUGAACAGCGUAAAAGGUGCUGGAGUAACUAUGUACAAGGAUACUGCAGGAAAAUCUGUAAAGCUACUGAAAUGCGUGAGAUAUUAUUAUGUGAAAAUGGGAGAUAUUGUUGCCUCAAUAUCAAGGAAAUGAAAGCACAUAAAAAAGUUACAAGACCACCUCGUCCAAAGCUAAUGACAUAUGCAAUAACUUUGCCUCAAGAUUAUGAUCCACUAUUGGAGAGUUACUCAAGCCCCACGCCAAAAGUCUACAUAAAUCAAGUAUAA